UGUUGUACGAAAUGUAAUCAGUGGUGCGUGUUAUUUAUACGGUUUCAUGUACGUUUCUUUAAUGUUUUAGCAAUACAGCUAAUUAACAGGAUGUCAGAACUUCAGCAUGAAGAGGCAUGGCGAUUUUUACUGGCUGGAACAUCGUGCAUGUUAGCGGCAGCUGUGACAAACCCGAUAGAUGUUGUCAAGAUACGUAUGCAGCUGGAGAAUGAGAUGGCAGAGCAGAAAGGAUUGACUCACCUGAAAGGUCGAUAUUAUAAUGGCUGGGUGAAAGGAUGUGCCACCAUUGUGAAGGAUGAGGGUAUCCCAGGACUUUAUAAGGGGGUAUUUCCUUCCCUAAUGAGAGAAGGGUCGUACAGUACAAUACGACUUGGUGCAUAUGAACCAUUAAAGAGAGUCUUUGGUGCAACAGACCCCGCUCACACCCCACUGUGGAAGAAGAUAUGUGCAGGAGCUAUGUCAGGUGCUGUUGGAAGCUCUAUUGCCACACCAACAGAUCUUGUGAAAGUGAGAAUGCAAGCUCAAGGAAAACUUGGUCAUGGAGAACAGAAACGAUACGCUUCUACUUUCAGUGCCUUUAGGGAAAUAUUCAGGGAAGGUGGUAUGCGAGCUCUUUAUACAGGAGUGGGCCCCACUGUGAAAAGGGCAGCAAUUCUAACUGCGACACAGAUUCCAGCUUAUGAUCACUCUAAGCAUCUGAUAUUGAAUGCAGGAUUAUUGACUGAGGGAGUCCCACUCCAUGUGACAGCCUCUAUGAUAGCCGGAUUCUGUACAGCAUGUACAACAUCACCAGUAGAUGUAGUCAAAACUAGAGUCAUGAAUCAGUGCCAAAUAACAAAACCGUACAAAUCAGCGUUUGAUUGUUUUGCAAAGACAUUACGUGCUGAGGGACCACUUGGUUUGUACAAAGGUUUUAUACCAAAUUGGAUGAGAAUUGGACCACAUACAAUUGUUACCUUCUUUGUGUUUGAACAGCUUCGAAAGGUUAUAGGAAUGGCUCCAGUUUAGUCUUAUACAGGAAUUCAGAUGAUGUUCAAAACAUCUAUAAAAUUUUGGCAGUCUGUUAAGACUUGCUACUCUCAUGUCGGUUGUUGUUGUUGCAAAUCUUAUUGGUCUUUUCAGUAUAUAUGUCAGAAACAAAUUCACUGUUUUGGGCCUAUGUAAUAGUGUGUUAUGUUAAAAAAAAAUCUCCUUGCAGAGUAACUUUGUGAUAAGAAGAUAUUUUUAAGUUGGUUUACAUUGUAAUCUUUUAUACUAUUUUUGUCAUUUUUAGCUCACCUGAGCACAAAGUGCUCAAAGGUGAGCUUUUGUGAUCGCCCUGUGUCCGUCGUCAGUCGUCCUUCGUCAACAAUUUGACUGUUAACACUCUAGAGGUCACAAUUUUGGCCCAAUCUUAAUGAAACUUCGUGAAAAUGUUACCCUCAAUAAAAUCUUGGACGAGUUUGAUAUUGGGUCAUCUGGGGUCAAAAACUAGGUCACCAGGUCAAAUCAAAGGAAAAGCUUGUUAACACACUAGAGGUCACAAUUUUGGCCCAAUCUUAAUGAAACUUGGUCAGAAUGUUACCCUCAAUAAAAUCUUGGACGAGUUCAAUAUUGGGUCAUCUGGGUUCAAAAACUAGGUCACCAGGUCAAAUCAAAGGAAAAGCUUAACACUCUAGAGGUCACAAUUUUGGCCCAAUCUUAAUGAAACUUGGUCAGAAUGUUACCCUCAAUAAAAUCUUGGACGAGUUCAAUAUUGGGUCAUCUGGGUUCAAAAACUAGGUCACCAGGUCAAAUCAAAGGAAAAGCUUAACACUCUAGAGGUCACAAUUUUGGCCCAAUCUUAAUGAAACUUUGUCAGAAUGUUACCCUCAAUAAAAUUUUGGAAGAGUUUGAUAUUGGGUCAUCUGGGUUCAAAAACUAGGUCACCAGAUCAAGUCAAAAGAAAAGCUUGUUAACACUCUAGAGGUCACAGUUUUGGCCUUAAUCUUAAUGAAUCUUGGUCAGAAUGUUACCCUCAAUAAAAUCUUGGACGAGUUCGAUAUUGGGUCAUCUGGGGUCAAAAACUAGGUCACAAGGUCAAAUCAAAGGAAAAGCUUGUUAACACUCUAGAGGUCACAAUUUUGGCCCAAUCUUAAUGAAACUUGGUCAGAAUGUUACCCUCAAUAAAAUCUUGGACGAGUUCAAUAUUUGGUCAUCUGGGGUCAAAAACUAGGUCACCAUGUCAAAUAAAAGGAAAAGCUUGUUAACACUGUAGAGGCCUCAUUUAUGAAUCUUGGUCAGAAUGUUAAUCUUGAUGGUCUCAAGGUCCAGUUUGAAUCUGGGUCAUGUAGGAUCAAAAACUAGGUUACCAGGUCAAAUCAAAGGAAAAGCUAGUUAACACUGUAGAGGCCACAUUUAUAUUUUAAUGAAACUUGGUCAGAAUGUUGAUCUUUGUCAUCUAUAGGUCAAGAUCAAAGCUGGGUCAGGUGGGAUCAAAAACUAGGUCACUAGGUCAAAUCAAAGGAAAAGCUUGUUAACACUCUAGAAGCCACAUUUAUGACUGUAUCUUCAUGAAACUUAGUCAGAAUGUUAAUCUUGAUGAUCUUUAGGUCAGAUUUGAAUCUGGGUCUUGUGGGGUCAGAAGCUAGGUCACCGGGUCAAAUCAGAGGAAAAGCUAGUUAACACUUUAGAAACCACAUUUAUGACCAUAUCUUGAUGAAACUUGGUCAGAAUGUUAAUCUUGAUGAUCUUUAGGUCAAUAGGUAAGGUGAGCGAUACAGGGCCUUCAUGGCCCUCUUGUUUAUGUUAUUCUUACAUUUUAUUGAAAUUUGAUAUGAAAUAGAAGAAUCUAAGCCUUAUUUUAUACAGUACUCAUAAAACAUUAUUUUAAAUAAUAUUGUUUUAUCUUUCACAUGUGAACACAUGAUCAUCCAUUUUCACACUGGCCAUAUAUCAUUUGGUACUUGUUGAAAGUUGUUUUGAUCUUACACUGAAACAAACAAAUACUCUGUGUAUGGUAUUUUGAUAUUUUAUAUAAAUUGUUGUCUAUAUACUUUUUGUGGGGGGUUGGGAGGUGGGGGUCGAAGGGUUUCUUUUUGAUGUACACCUUGAUUGAUGCCUUAAGAAUCUGUGCUGUUGUUUGAUCUUAAAUGGGUAAAUGUCAGUUUUCAUUUAUGCUAAAUGUCCGUUUUCAUUUAAAGGCAUCAGAAAAUCAUACUUUUGUAUUACAUUUUUAGCUCACCUUUCACAAAGUGACAAGGUGAGCUUUUGUGAUCGCGCAGCGUCCGUCGUACGUGCGUGUGUAAACUUUUGCUUGUGACCACUCUAGAGGUCACAUUUUUCAUGGGUCUUUAUGAAAGUUGGUCAGAAUGUUCACCUUGAUGAUAUCUAGGUCAAGUUCGAAACUGGGUCACAUGCGGUCCAAAACUAGGUCAGUAGGUCUAAAAAUAGAAAAUCCUUGUGACCUCCCUAGAGGCCAUAUUUUUCAAUGGAUCUUCAUGAAACUUGGUCAGAAUGUUCAUCUUGAUGAUACUUAGGUCAGAUUCGAAACUGGGUCACAUGCGGUCAAAAACUAGGUCAGUAGGUGUAAAAAUAGAGAAACCCUGUGACCUCUCUAGAGGCCAUACUUUCCAAUGGAUCUUCAUGAAAAUUGGUCAGAAUGUUCACCUUGAUGAUAUCUAGUUCAGGUUUUAAACUGGGUCACAUGCCUUCAAAAACUAGGUCAUUAGGUCAAAUAGUAGAAAAACCUUGUGACCUCUUUAAGGGCAAUAUUUAUCAUGGGAUCUGUAUCAUGAAUCAUGGGAUCUGUAUCAUGAAAGUUGGUGUGAAUAUUCAUCUUGAUGAUAUCUAGGUCAAGUUCGAAACUGGGUCAACUGCGGUCAAAAACUAGGUCAGUAGGUCUAAAAAUAGAAAAAUCUUGUGACUCCCUAGAGGCCAUAUUUUUCAAUGGAUCUUCAUGAAAAUUGGUCAUAAUGUUCACCUUGAUGAUAUCUAGGUCAUAUUCAAAACUGGGUCACGUGUGGUCAAAAACUAGGUCAGUAGGUCUAAAAAUAGAAAAACUUGUGACCUCCCGAGAGGCCAUAUUUUUCAAUGGAUCUUCAUGAAAAUUGGUCAUAAUGUUCACCUUGAUGAUAUCUAGGUCAAGUUAAAAACUGGGUCACAUACGGUCAGAAAUUAGGUCUUUAGGUCUGAAAAUAGAGAAACCUUGUGACCUCUCUUACAGUCCAUACUUUUCAAUAGAUCUUCAUGAAAAUUUGUCGGAAUGUUCACUUUGAUGAUAUCUAGUUCAAGUUCGAAACUAGGUCACGUGCCAUCAAAAACUAGGUCAGUAGGUCAAAUAAUAGAAAAACGUUGUGACCUCUUUAGAGGCGAUAUUUUUCAUGGGAUCUGUAUGAAAGUUGGUUUGAGUAUUCAUCUUGAUGAUAUCUAGGUCAAGUUCGAAACUGGGUCAACUGCGGUCAAAAACUAGGUCAGUAGGUCUAUAUCGUCCGUGUGUCCGUGCAUAAACUUUUGCUUGUGACUACUCUAGUUUAAGAUCCAGCCUUAAAAUUUGGAUGACAUGUAGUUUUGCACACCAAUCUUUAAACUGUCUUUCAGUGACCAUAAAUGUGACCUACUGAUCUACUUUCUAAAAUUUUAGCAUUAGUUUGCCAUUUGAAACAUGUGGUUCAAUAUACUCAGGUGAGCGAUUCAGGGUCAUCAUGAUCCUCUUGUUUGUUUGUUGGGAGGAACAAGAUUUCAUUUUAUUGUCCAGUUGAUUUGAUUAAAUACUCUGGUUUUAUGUCUUACAUUUUUAUGAUAAAAUCUUCCUUUUUGAAGAUAAAAAGGUACUGAGGUAAUAAUUUUAUACACUAGGAUACUCGAGAUGUAUAUAUGGUACAUACUCCGGUUGUAUAAAUGAUUUGUUGACUGUUUUCUUUUGUAAAAUAUUAUUUUGUACACUUUUUGCUUUUAGAUGUACGGGUACUAUAAUUCACCAUGCAUUUUGUGGUUUGAAAAAACAACAUUUUUUUUCACUGAUUUUAACCAAAUUUUGUAUGUAUGAAGAGGAUGUAACUUGAAAGGCUUUGAUGUGUACUCGGGUACAAGUUGGGUCCAUUCUUACCAUCACAAUUUGUCUUCAGUUGUGUUAUAUAAAUUAAGAUCGUUGCCUUCUGUAGAUUGGAUAUUUGUCAUGUGAUCUUUAUUUUGUGAUAUGAUAAACUAUGGACAUGCCCUGUUCAUGUUAAGUAUGCCCCUUUUUUAUCAGUAAAUAAAAUAAAAGCAGGAGUUCAGAUGUGUUAUAAUUAAAUUACAAGUGAAGGCAUUUAUCAUGUCAAUUCUAACCACGUAUAAUUUCACACUUUUUUUCUGCAAUCAGUCCAUAGGCUGUUACAGUCUUCACACCGGUUGGAAAGGAUAGCAUAUUAGUAUUUAUAACCUAGUAAUCAGAUAACUCACAAACUAUUUUGUGAAUAGAAUUAUCAAAUGUAAGAUUAUGCAGAAAUUUUGUAAUUUGCUCAGUGUUGUUAUCUUGACUUGUGUGUGACAUCACAUCAUUAUGAUGUCAUAUCUUGAUUAAGUUUGCUACUGCAAAUAAGUCAAUAGACAUUAUAUCAUAUUUAAUUAUGUUUUUGAAAUGUUAUUUUUUCUAUCGGUUUAUCACAUGAAAAGUAGGUAUUUAAUGGAAUAGAAGUAGAAUCUGCUAUGUUACAAUCGUUGGGAGUAAUAAUAAAUGUUUUUUACACUUUAGGAUACAAUGAAUCCAUUGUAAAAGUUCCCUAUUUAUUAAUGAAAAUAAAAACAUAAUAAAUAUUUAACAAAUAUACAGAAGUUGAAAGAUGGAAAAAGGGUUUAAAGGGACUUGUUUUCAUAAAGUUUGAAACGUUAAAACAUCACAUGUUAUGUCCAUAAUCAGGGUGAUCUAGAGCUUUAAUGCAAUAUGUAAUUAUGUCUUUUCCACUACUGCGGGAGACAUAUUGUUUUUGGCCUGUCCGUCCGUCACACUUCAUUUCCGAUCAAUAUCUGGAGAACCACUUGACCCGGACUGUUGAAACUUCAUAGGAUGAUUAGGCAUGCAGAGUAGAUGACCCUAUUGAUUUUGGGGUCACUCUUUUAAAGGUCAAGGUUACAGGGGCCUGAACAUGGAAAACCAUUUCAGGUCAGUAACUCGAGAACCAUUUGACCCAGAAUGUUGAAACUUUAUAGGAUGAUUGGACAUGCAGAGUAAAUAUCCCCUAUUCAUUUUGGGGUCACUCUUAAAGGUCAAGGUUGCAGGGGCCUGAACAUGGAAAUCCAUUUCCAGUCAAUAAUUUGAGAACCAUUUGACCUAGAACCUUCAAACUUCAUAGGGUGAUAGGACUUACAAAGUAGAUGACCCCUGUUGUUUUUGGGGUCAGUCUUAAUGGUCAAGGUCACAGGGGGCUUUCCAAUCAAUAACUUGAGAACCACUUGACCCAGAAUGUUGAAACUUGAUAGGAUGAUUGGACAUACAGAGUAGAUGACCCCUACUGAUUUUGGGGUCACUCGAUCAGUAGUCAAGGUCACAGGGGCCUGAACGUGUAAAACUGUUUCCAGUUCAUAACUUGAGAACCACUAGGCACAGAAUGUUGAAACUUAGUGGGAUGAUUGGACAUGCCAAGUAGAUCAUCAGUAUUGCAGCCAACCAUCAGUGUCUCUUUGACUUUCGCUCCUGUCCCCUAUUGACUUCUUGCCUAUAUGACUUUGCAUUGGGGAGACAUGCGCUUUUCUACAAUCUUCUAGUUUGAUAUUGUAUAAUGUCUAGAAAAACACUUUUCUUUUGAAUGCUUAUUUACAGGUAAAUGAAAGUAGAAAAUGAUAAAUCUUAAUCCCUUUCAUCUGAUGAGUAUAUGCAGAUUACAGAUGGAAAUGUUUAGAUGUUAAGCUCUAUUUCAAUUUGAAUAUUUUUAAUAUACUUAUAACUAAACUGUUUGGACCAAUAAUGCGUUAUACAUGUUUUUUGUUGGCUGUUGUUAGGGUAAACUUAGAAAUGUAGGCUCUCUAGUUAUUAUCUAUUUUCACUUAUUCAUUAUAAGAAUGAUAUAACUUUGACUUUAAAUGGCCUAAAUGUUUUUAUACAUGUUAUUGAAAAUAAUGUUGUGGCCUAUUUGUGCAAGACAUCUAUUUUAUUCAUGAAAUACUCAAAAAGCAUUUCUGUGCAAAAUAUUUCUUUGAUUUAUUUGUCUAAAAUGGCAUUAAAUUCGAUAUGUUUUAUUUCAGUUCAGUUUCAUUUUGUUAGAUAUUUUGACUAUGAGUAAUAUGCUGUUGUUCAAUUUAACGUAAUCAUGCUCAAUUUUCAGAUUUUUAUGCCCGGUCAGAGAUCGAAAGCUAUAAUUUUCAUGUUUCUAGUUGGUCCAUCAGUCUGUCAGUUUCAUGUGCCGUCCAUAUCUUCUAAACCCCUUGAAUGCUAUUUAUUAAACUUGGUUUGAACGUUUCUGUCCGUAAGAUGACGUGCAGAGGUUAUGAUCUAAUCAUGACAGACUAAGGUCAAGGUCAAAACUGCAGACCAGAAGUUUCUGUCUGGCUCAUAUCUUCUAUAGUCCUGGAAAGAUAUUUAUGAAACUUGAGUGGGAUGUUUAAUCUCAUCUUGUGUGCAAAAUCCAUGUUUGAAUUCUGCUGGUUCCGAAAUCAAGAGAACACCAGUCCUGAAGGUCAGAUAUUUGAGAAUUGUUCAUUUUUUACAAUUUACUCUGUUUAAUAUUACUGCUUACAGUUUUAUGCGUUUUCCUAUUUAUAUUGUUUUUCAAGUCGGUCAGUCAGUGUUUAAGUUUAUUUAUGGUCCAUCCACCCUCUCAGGCAGAGUAUAACAUAAAUGCUACAAAAAGUAAAGUGUGUGUUUUUCUGGAUUUAGUUAUGACAGUUAAAUUGGUGGUAACAUUCUGUUGUAAUAACAUUGCAAACAUGUAUGUAUAUUAGUAUUAGACAGAAUUAGGUAAGAAAUGCAUACAUGUAGAUUGAAAAAAUUAUGAUCACUAUCGAAAAGGCUGCUUACAAGAUUCUGUGCAUGAAAAUAAACAUAUCAUGUUGCUUUUGUCCUAUUUUAUGCCGAACUUUAAAUGUGCAAUUUUCUAUGCAAUUUUUAUAAUGUUGAUAGCUCUUACAAAGGAUAUUACUGAUAUACAUUUACAUUCACUGUGCAACUAAAGUUUAUUUUCACAUAAACAAUACUGAUGCAAUUAUACAUGUAUCAAGGUUGACCCUUUCUGCAAGAUUGCAUGUAUGAUCAGAUGGCUUACACAAAAUACAUGAACACAGAUUGUAGGUGAAAUAAGAUAAUCUCAAAACUCUUAUUACGGUAAUAUAAUUUUAUAUUAAAUUGACCUCAUUUAUAAUCAAAUGAUUAUGACUAUCUUAGUGACUAAAGUGAAAGUGAAUCCAUCUUGAAAUAUUUUGAUAAGCCAAUAGUUAAGUCCUGUAUGAUUGGUUUUUGCAUUUCAGCACUAAUCCAUGUAAGGAAAUGAAUGCAGAAAGGGCAGCCUUUAAAAGUUUGUUGACAAUCAAUUUUAUGAUGCUUGCUUCAGCCAGUGGCAUUUAUUGUGAGUUACCCAUGUAUCCAAGUUCUUCAAUGUGGAAAUGAUUAAUGAUACUUUUUUCUUGUAUCCGUUGGGGAAAUUUCUUGUGCUGUCAUAUGUUGCAAGGUUAUUAAACAUAAAUUCUGUUCAGUGAUUCUUGUCCAUGCUUCAUCUCCAAAUGUCCCAUCCAGAUUUCAGUGAAGCUUUACAGGGAUUAUUGGAACCGGGUAUAAAGCCUAUGCAUGUCAUUGGCAUGUCUCGCUCACAUAA